AUGGACGGUCUAUAUGGCGCAAUCGUCAUAGAUGCAUCGCUAAAGGUCAAGAGACCGUUCCAUCUCAUUAGCCGUGAUGCAUCUGAGGAACAAGCCAUGCUUGCGGCUGAGUUGCGGAACCAGCCACUGCUCCUAGCCGACUGGAGCCAGUACAAGUUUGACGACUUUUACCACAUUGAAACAACGGCAAACUUUGACUUGGCUUGCACGGAUGCAAUCAUUGUCAAUGGAAUGGGAUCUCAAUACUGCCUAGACCCAAUCACGUUGGACAACAUGACCAAUCCCAUCAUCCUCAAGAUGCUGAAAGACCUUGGCGAGGAUCACAUGACGGCAAAGGGCUGUGUGCCACCAAUUCAGGCGCUGCAGGGAGACUACGAUGUAGAUGUUGGGAAGCUUCCGCCGCAUGCUGUGAGAGAGUGCAUUGGGGGAAGAAACCCCAAGGGCAACUUCACUUUCAGUGUCGAUGAGAAAAGGGGCUGGGUGGCACUGACUUUCGUCAAUGUUGGCGGCCUCUACCCAUUACAAGUCUCUGUCGACAACCAUGAGCUUCACGUCUAUGCCGUUGACGGGCAGUACAUUCACCCCGUGGUUACUGAUCGCGUGUACGUCGGCAACGGAAAUCGAGUGUCAGUGCUGGUAAAACUUGACCAGGAGCCUGCGCGGUACACUAUCCGAAUGGCCAAUGACCUUCUCAACCAAAUCCUCGGGGGCUUCGCAGAGAUGGCGUAUGGCGACGCUGCUCACCCACCGCGUCACCAAAAGCCAAAGAUGAACUACGCGGGCCAGCCUCUCAUUGACCCAAUCCGCUCAUUCAAGCCAGAAGAAGGCCAGCCGUAUCCUGAACGGCGACCGGCCAGACGACCUGACCGGACAGUCAAGCUGGUGUUGAGAAAGCCUGGUCGCCCUCACGGUGCGUACGAGUGGAGCCUCUCUGGGCAUGAGCUGUACAACAUGACGGCUGAAGGACUGGACCCGCCAAUGCUUUUUCAGGGACCUACCAAAGCACCUGCCAGCGAGCUGGUGGUCUUCUCAGAAGUUGGUGAUUGGGUAGACAUGAUCUUGGAGACUGAGGGCCCUUUUGCUCAAAGUCACCCAAUUCACAAGCAUGGGAAUAAGGUGUACUUCCUCGGUUCUGGGAUCGGGAGGUUCCCCUGGAGCAGUGUGGAAGAAGCUGAGCGAAGCCUUCCGGUGGGGUCAUUCAACUUCGAGAACCCGGCUUAUCUCGAUACCUUCACCACACCUGACAUUGCCGGUAAUGCACCUGCUGUCUGGACAGUCGUGAGAUACCAGGUUGAGAAUCCGGGUGCCUGGCUUCUGCACUGCCAUGUGCAGACCCAUCAGGCUGGGGGAAUGGGUAUCGUCUUGAUGGACGGCAUUGACCAGUUUCCGGAUGUGCCGCUGCAAUACCGCGAAUGGAACGGGUUCACUCUGCCCUCUUAG